AUGUCCAUCAAAGUGGCCAUCAUCGGCGCAGGCCUUAUCGGCCCCCGCCACGCCCAAUCUGUGCUGUCAAACCCAUCCACAGAGCUAGUCGGCCUAGUAGACCCCGCCGCAACAGGCGCAAGUACGGCCGCCGAAUUGAAGACAAACUACUUCCCAUCCGUAUCAGCACUCUUAUCCUCCCCCAACAAACCAGACGCAGCAAUCGUCUGCACACCAAAUCACACCCACGUCCCAGUCGCAAAGGAGCUCCUAGCAGGCGGCGUUCAUGUCCUCCUCGAGAAACCUUUCAGCGAGACACUGGAGACAGGCCGUAGUCUCCUGGAAUUCGCAAAAGCACCUGAACGCGCCCAUCUGAAACUACUUGUCGGCCACCAUCGCCGGUUUAACCCAUACACACGCGCAACCAAGUCUGUCCUCGACUCCGGCUCUCUAGGCCGUCCAAUCGCUGUUAACGGCCUCUGGACCAUCUACAAGCCAGCCACAUACUUCGAAGCCCCAACAGACUGGCGCGCAUCACGCAACCAAGGCGGCGGCGUAAUCCCCAUUAAUCUCGUUCAUGAUAUCGACCUAAUGCACCACUUCUUCGGGCCCAUCGUCCGUGUACAAGCUGAGAAGAUCCUACCUCAGCGCCCAAGUCCACCCCACGAUGCAGACGAAGGCGCCGCAUUAACACUGCGAUUUGCAUCGGGAGUUGUUGGUACAUUCCUCGUCUGCGACGCUACACCUUCCCCGCAUAACUUUGAAACCGGUACCGGGGAGAACCCGCUCAUCGCGCGUUCGCCGACGGGUGAAGGUGCGGAUUUCUACCGGAUCUUUGGAUCUGAUGCCUCGCUCAGUGUGCCUGAUUUGACGAGAUGGAGCUAUGAUGGACAAGCUGAGAAGAGUUGGUCGCAGACACUGAAUGUUGAGAAAAUUCCGUUGCCGGAUGAGUCUGCGCCUUUUGAUUUGCAGGUUGCGCAUUUUGUGGAUGUCAUCAGGGGUGAGGCGGAGCCUAGUUGUUCUGGGGAGGAGGGGUUGAGGGCUUUGGUUGUUUGUGAGGCUGUUCAGAAGGCUAUGCAGACUGGUCAGCCUGUUGAGAUUGCCGUUGAUUUGUUGGCAUGA